AUGAUGGGUGCGGCUGAGGACGGCAAGACGGUCAUCGUGACGGACGUGGGCACGGGUGUGGGCGUGAUGGGCGGCAGGGGCGGGCUGAGCAUGAUCAUGGCUGCCCUCUUGUUGGUGGCACAGAUGGCUGGCGCUGGAUUUCUGUCACUACCUAAGGCGCUGUCCAACUCUGGGUGGAUCGGCGUGAUGAUGAUGCUGGUGUUCUGCGUGACCGUCGGAUUCUCUGGGACACGUCUGGGGGAGUGCUGGGUUAUGAUGGAAGAGCGCUGGCCUCAACUCUACGCGGGGAAUUCCAGGCAACCCUACAUGGAUAUUGCUGGAGUGGCACUGGGCAGCCCUGGGAGAAUCCUGGCGAUGUUCUCUGUGUUCGCUACGUUAUUUGGCGUCUCCACCGUGUUCCUCGUGCUCAUCUCCUCCUUCAUGCACGACCUGCUGCCGGUGCUGUCUGAGUGUGAGUGGCUGCUGGUGGCUGGCGCUUUCGUUCUGCCCUUCACGUGGCUAGGAACACCCAAGGAUUUAUGGCAGGCGUCAGUGGUGGCGGCGGCGUCGACAGCGCUGGCGUGCCUGGUGAUCUUCGUGGAGCUGCUGGUGGAGGCGCCGGACUAUCCUGAGCCACACUACCCCAACCCCACCGUGUUCACCUUCGCCCUGGGCUUCGCUUCCAUCCUCUUUGCUUUCGGCGGCGCCUCCGUCUUCCCCACCAUCCAGAACGACAUGGCGGACAGGGCGCUCUUCGGACGUAGCGUGGCUCUUGCCUUUCUUGGGCUUCUGAUCAUUUACCUCCCUGUGACGGUGGCUGGCUACGCUGUGAUGGGAGCGGUCGAGAGCAACAUUCUCCUCAACGUGGACACCAGGAAGACUGUUAUCAAGGUGGCAAUAGUGAUGGAGGUGUUGAAUUUGAUCGGAACAUACAUCAUCACCACCAAUCCUAUCUUCCAGUUGUUUGAGGAGAAGCUUGAUGUUGAAAAUAGGUUUGGAUGGCGUCGCUGUGUGCUUCGUUCAGGCGUAGUGGCAGUUCAGCUUCUUAUCGGCCUGGCUGUUCCGAGCUUUGACAUGAUCGUGAAUUUGGUAGGAGGGACCACUGUGCCUAUCUGCUCCUUCAUCCUGCCUGGCAUUAUGUACCUCAGGAUGGUGGACAUGAAGGGAGACUGGAAGAAGAGGUUCGUGCCACUGUGGGAGAGGACGCUGCUGAUUCUUAUCGUGAGUGUGGGCGUGGUGGGCAGCCUUGUAUCCACAGCUACCUCUAUCAUGGAUAUUGCAAACCCCGACAACAUAGGAAAGUCUUGUUUUAUACACUUUUCAACGUAGUGUGUGUAUUCACCUAGUUGUAAUUUUUCCAGGGCCUGGGUAUCAUACUCGUGUGGCCCCGUCUCCAUAUCUACACACAUCCAACCUUCCUUUCAAACUAUGCACACUCCUCGCUGA